CCAGGGUCCCUGGCGUCUGGCCCCGGUAAGUGGAUAACCGCGCGGGCCAGCCCACCCAUCCCCAUCUUUCUCCUGGCGGCGCACGACGAACAGAGGGCUCUGUUCUUCGCCCCUUCUCUCCCUCCCACCACCACCCCCCUUGAUCUACUCCAUCAACCCCUCAAACUCACAGAUCGGACCCCCCCAAGCUUCUUUGAGGAUGGCGGAUGGUGAUGGACCUUGGUAUGACGGAUUAAUCGAUGAGUGGGAUAAGGAGCAUCGUGCUCGUGCCAUUGAAAAUGGACAGGUUGUAGUUGCUAUGCGCAUGAGGGGUCAUUCCGCUGAUGACUUUGAUUACGACCCGCGGUAUGAGCCUUACAUUCGGAGAUUGGGUCUUCUCCCAUUCGUGUUGCAGUUUAAGCGACGCGCUCCGCCGGUGAACCACGCGGCGCUGACCGCACUUGUGGAUCGUUGGAGGCCGGAGACUCACUCCUUCCACCUUCCAUGUGGGGAGAUGACGAUGACCCUACAGGACAUGGCUAUGAUAAGCGGCCUUCCUAUCAAUGGACAAGCUGUUACCGGUCGUGUCAGCGUGGGUAAUUGGCGAGAACGGACUGCCGAUUUAAUUGGCGUUCAGCCCGAGGGCCCUCAGGAAGGCAAGGCCGAUACAGCGAAAGUGAGGCAUUCUUGGCUAAAACUGGUCAGAGGAAACACCAACCCGUGCCCUCAAGAUGCCAAUGACGUGGUUGUGCAGCAGUACGCGCGGGCCUAUCUUUGGUAUGUACUAACCAAGGUAGUCUUCUCAGAUGCAACCGGGAACUCAGCCCUCUGGAUGUUCUUGGAGCCACUUAAUAACUGGGAUACCCAGUAUAGCUGGGGUUCGGCCGCACUAGCAUACUUGUAUCGUCAGCUUGACUUGGCGUGUCGGAGGAAGGGAGGUACAUCCUCAUUGUCUGGGUUUGUUUGGAGCCUAUCCGUGUGGAUGUGGGAGCGGAUCCCGGUUGAACGGCCCGAUUUGAAGAACCCCCUCAUGGCAAACCCACGGGGUAAUCAUGACGGGUUGCAUGAUGAUGAUCCAUAUCGGCGCCCUACGCUUGCUUACUAUUGGGAACAAGUGACAGUGUACACAGGAAGCUCGCAUGUGCGAUACAAGUGCUAUAUGAACGAGCUGGACACCUUGACUGCUGAGCAGGUACAUUGGUUGCCUUAUGUGGAAGAUGGUGACUUUGAUCUUAAUGAGAUGUGCACGCGUGAUAGCCAUCUUUGGCGGGCGAGGUGCCCAAUGAUAUGCUUCUUCGCAGUCGAGUGGCACUUUGUAGACCGUGUGGCAAGACAAUUUGGAAAAAGACAAGGUAUUCCAAUUGAGGAGAGCAAGGAGGAAAUGCUAUCUCUGCAUCGGUUCGAUCGAAGGAACAAUCAGGAUAUAUCGGAUUGGGCAAACAAACACCGUGCGUGGAUAGAAAUUUGGAAUCAAAGAGACACGUUAGUGCAAUCAGAGAAUAGACCUCACAAUCAGUCAGCAUAUCAGAAGUAUCAAGUGUGGUAUGCGGAUCGUUACCGGUUAAAGCUGAAGCCAGGUUGGACUCACGAGGAGUGGUCGGAGUUGGUGUCUGAAGACCCGGAGACUGCAGAAGGUUAUCAUACCUUCAACACGGCUGUGAGAGACACCAGAGGGGCUCAUGUUGACUACGCACCGAUGCAUGACGAAAUGGGCAGAGAGUUGCUUCUGUGCGUCAACGAUGCCAAUGUUGCACUGAGUCAUCCAGCUGGUGGUGCAUUAUCUGAGAGGACUCUUAGGAGCACGAUGGAGAAGUUCAAGAAGCGGUUCCAUAAGAUGGCAGCUAUGCUUUCUUGCCAUGGUGCUAAGUCCAGUGACGUGUAUGCACCAGGUAGCCGCGCCGCUAGAGCUAAUAAACGGCGUUAUGUCCAGAACGAAGAGGACAUAGAGGAGGAGGUUACACAACCGACACAAGGCAAUGCCCGCUCUAGAAAAGGCAAAGCCAUAGCUAAGACACCGGGCAAGAAAGGUAGAAAGAAGACAUGGAACACUCAAUUCCAUAGUCCGGAGUAUCCUCAUCAAUUUAUGCCUGCGGGAAUGCAAAGAUAUAAGUCCAACAUUGAUGCAGAGGUGGAGGAGGCUAGCGAAGAGGAGGAGCAUGAGGCUAGCGAAGAGGAGGAGCAUACACUUGCAGAUAUCGUGAAGAGAGGAAGGAAGAAGUGA